ACCAGGGGAGAUUCCAAUUCUUGUUUGAUUGUCGGUUGACAAAAUCUUUGUAUGGCUUCCGCUCUGCAAGUCGUUCAUGAUUCAGUUCGCCACCGUUUCUUUGUAAAUUUGAGUGCAACCGCACAAGCCUUUCUAGAGUAUCGGUAUCUUGGGACUAAUUUGAUUGACUUUUAUCAUACCUUCGUUCCUCCUGAAGGCAGAGGCACCGGAGUUGCAGCCAAGUUAUGUGACGAGGCUUUUGCCUUUGCCCGUUCUACAAACGCAAAAGUUAAGCCUUCCUGUAGCUAUGUUUCACAGACAUACUUGCCCAAGCAUCCCGAACUUCGAAAUUUCAUAGUAGAGUAGUCCAAUUUUUGUCAGCUUCGGCACUUGGUUCUUGCUUGAGUGACGUGGAACUGUGAUAAUAAAGCGACGUGAAGGUAAGCUUUGUAGUCGCAUUGUUGACUCUCGAAAUAAAGAAGUAUCAAGGAUUUGGUUUACUAAAUUAAUAUAUUCGUGAGUUGGAGCAAAAUUGAGGACAACUUUAGGUCCUUCAGAAAUUCUCUCAAGCAUAAACAAGCACCUUUUUAUUUUCUAUCAGAAUGUCGAAGACUCCUAAAAAUGGGUGUGUGCAACUCUUCAUAUAGUCAACUCUUAUAUUCCACAUAGCAGCAAUCGUUUUUGCAAAGGUUUUCAAAGAUCGGAAGAGGAUCAAGCAACUUCAUGGCAAUUGAUAUACAUAUCACAUUGUAACCUUACAACUUUACAUUUUAGCAAAGAUAGUUUUUUCAGCAACUCAGUAACACAUUGUUUUGACCAUAUGGCUGGCACACUGUUGCUUUUGGCCCAUAAGUCAUUAGGCCUUACAUGCUCAACCUAUAUCUUUCUGUAACAGUAAAGUUACGAUAUCAUUGGAAGUUUUCUCUUUAAAUCUGCGAGGUCUCUUAACUUACGAACCAAAGUAGAGUGUAGUAUUCUCACGGUC